AUGCUACGACGCAACACCUACUUCUUGCUCGCUCUGGGGGCUUUUACGGUCGUAUCCAUUUACUUGUAUACAUCCAUUGACAGUGGAAACGCGGUGAUUCAAGCUCAGGUGCGCACGCUCUCGUUUCUAAGUUCAAUUUUUGUUUUGCUUGAAGGAAAACGAUUUGAAGCAACUGCAGCAGAAAAUAGUCAAUUUGCAAGCCGUCGCUAAAGGUAACCGCGCAACUAUAAUCAAGCUCCGCGAAGAGCUUGCCGAGUUGGAAAAAAAGCCGAUCAAGAGUGGUAUGUUGUGGAAAAGUUGAAAAUAUUUUUUUUUUCAAGACGAAGAGAAGCUACACAAGGCACCUACCAAAUCUGACAAGGAAUUGAUAGCUGAGCCAGUGAUUGGCAACAAAGUAGCUCAUGUUAACAAAGUUUUGACGCGCACUUCACCGUCCUAUUUCUCAAGCACGUGCGACUUCCGCUCGAACCACAGUUUCGUUCGUUCCGAUCUUCAGGUGCGUUUUACUUUUUCUUCACUUCUUCAAGAGUUGCUCUAGAUGCUAGAUUUGUACGACUUGUGGCAGUUCGAGAAUGAAGACGGCGGAGUGUGGAAACAAGGGUGGCCCGUACGUGAAAAAGAACAUGCUUUUCGAAAAAAAAAAUUUUGAACAGAUCACCUAUGACGAUCAAAAAGUCGCAUCGGAACCGAAGCUUCAAGUCAUUGUUCUUCCUCAUUCUCACUGCGACCCUGGUGUGUCGUGCACCAGCCAAUUUCGAGUUCGAUCCUCAAUUUCAGGUUGGAUUCACACGUUCGAAGCGUACUACGAGAUGCAAACGAGAAAGAUUUUGGAUGGGAUGGCCAAACACUUGGGGGAGAAGGUGCUUCAUUUUGUGCGUGUAGCGGGACAGCAAAAAAGGUUUUAUAGGAAGGAAUGAAGUUCAUUUAUGCCGAAAUGUCUUUCUUCGAACUUUGGUGGAGAGACCAAAACGAGGAGACGCGCAACAAAGUGAAAAGGUGAUAUGAUGCUUGGGAAACAUUUUUCACAAUAUCAUUCAGUUACAUUGAAAACGGACAGUUUGAAGUUGUGACCGGCGGUUGGGUGAUGACAGACGAGGCGAAUUCUCACUACCACUCGAUUAUUGUGGAGCUCAUCGAGGGUCACGAGUGGAUUCUCAAUCAUUUGGGACCUGGUUUAUCUUUUUCUAUUUUUUUUCUUAAAGUUGUCAUUAAGAAUAACUGCCGAGAUAAACGCGAGACGCUGGCGGUACAUUGACGAGCUCGCAAACAUCUCCCUUUUUUUUCUCGCGCCGGUCUCGCACUUUUCUAGGCGCGAGCUAGCAUUUCUCUCGCAUUUUGAAAAUUUUUUGAAAUACAAGAUAAAUGCGAGGUCGCGCCGAGAUAAAUGCGAGAUCGCGCCUAGAAAAAAGCGACAUGUUUGCGAGUUCGUCAAUGUACCGCCACCGACCUUGCGUUUAUCUCGUCAGUUAUUCUUAGUGAUUCUGCACAAAAGAAGUAUUGAAAACAGAGAACUGAUAGAAGAGCCGAAAAAUGGCGAUUCCUCUCGACAAAAAUCGUUUGAUUCUCAGUGGCCCGUCCGAAGGCUCACUGGUCCAUCGACCCAUUCGGACUUUCGCCGUCGAUCCCACACCUCCUUGCCGCAGCCAACAUAACAAAUGCUGCACUCCAAAGGUUCCGCAUUUCGUGAUUCUCCAUCGGAUUCCAUCUCAGGAUUCAUUACGUGGUGAAGCGAGAAUUGGCGCGGAAAAAGCAGCUCGAGUUCCAUUGGCGGCAAAUGUUCGACGCUGCGGGCCACUCCGAUAUUCGCGCACACGUCUUUCCCUUUUAUUCCUACGACGUUCCUCACACGUGUGGCCCCGAGCCUCGUAUCUGCUGUCAGUUCGAUUUUCGGUCAUUUUUCACAAGCUUCAGUUGUUCAAUAACAUUUUAAGGCGGCUACCGGCUGGUGGAAAGUCUUGUGAUUGGAAUGUGCCUCCUCAGAAAAUCAACAAGGAUAAUGUAGCCGAGAGGUACUGGAAAAACUUUAGUGACCACCCACAAAGUUUUUCAAGAACUACUUGGGGAGGGGACUAAAGUGACAACUGAAUUUUUGAAUUUUUGAUUCACUGAAUUUCAGUUUUGCGCCCAAUAGUUCGACUACUAUAGUGGCCACUAAAAUGUAAAAAUUCUAAAGUGACCCCAAAAUUUUCCUAGUACUUCAAUUUUCAUUUCCUGGGUCUUUACACGUUUAGCACUCGCACCUUGGACGCAAAUCGGUGCAUUUAUAAUAAUCACUUUAGCAGCGUCAGCACUCUUAAGUAGUCACUAAAUUUGCUCGAAACCAUCCGGAACACGUGAGGCAAAUGAGAAAUUUAUCUAGUGAUUUCUGCAGAGCACACAUGAUCUACGACCAAUACCGUAAGAAGAGUCAACUUUACAAGACGAAUGUGCUCCUCGUCCCGCUUGGUGACGAUUUUAGGUGGGUUCAUUUUUUCUCUUUUUGCAAACCUUCUUUUUCGUUUCGCAGAUACGACGUGGAUUUUGAGUGGAACGAGCAAUACACCAACUAUAAAAAACUGUUCGAAUAUAUGAACCAGAACUCGGCGUGGAACGUUCAAGUGAGUUGAUUAUAUAUAUAUAUAUAUAUAUAUAUAUAUAUAUAUAUAUAUAUAUAUAUAUAUAUAUAUAUAUAUAAAUAUAUACUAUACACACAUAUAUAUAUAUAUAUAUAUAUAUGUAAAAAAAUUCAAUGCUGUGAUAAGGUUUUUUUCAAUAAAAUUACUUCAAAGUUUGUGAUUGGAAAUAAAUUUAUAAAUGAAGAUAAUAUAACGCGCAGCCGUUUCGGGUCCCAAAAAUGGACGGCUUAGAGGGUGACCCAUCGUCAGCAUUUUACCCUCUUGCUUUAAAUCAAAAAAGUAUAAAAAGUUUUUAAGCUAUUACACCUAGGCGCAGUUUUAAAUUAAUAAACUUUCCUCGUUUUGGGCUCGUUUUGGAACGCUGAGCGAUUACUUCGCAGCGCUGGAUGAAGCUCUCGUGAAAUCGGGCGAACGGUUGCCGACCCUCUCUGGCGACUUUUUCACCUAUGCCGAUCGCGAUGACCACUACUGGAGCGGUUUCAACUUUUAGCUAUUCCGUUUCACUUCUCCUUCCAGGUUAUUUCUCCUCGCGGCCUUUCUAUAAGCAAAUGGAUCGUGUUCUGCAGCACUGGCUUCGCUCCGCCGAAAUUGUCUUCACCCUUUCUUCGAUUGAGGAAGAGGGAGCCGUCGACCAAAAGGUGGCCCUUAUUUUUGGAAAUUCACACUUCUCAUUUGAACAUUCAUUCAGUCUUAAAUAGUUAAAGAGCUGUUUGUCGGCUAGCAAAACUGUUGUUGAUCAAUGACGGCGCGUAGAAAAUAUCGUCCUUCUUAUGAUAGUAGUAGACGAGUUUUGAGCGUUUCGACGAUCAGCUGCUUCUCCAUGUCGGAGCAUCACGGCGCCCAGCUUGUCCAGAACUGUCGCAAAUUUAAAAUUUUCGAAAAAUGAGAAUGCCGCUCGUUUCCUUACUAGAUUUCUCCUCUUUUCAGGUUUUCAACCGGUUGAUCCUCGCUCGACGGGCUCUUUCCUUGUUCCAACAUCACGACGGAGUCACCGGUACUGCAAAAGACGAAGUCGUCGUUGACUAUGGAAACAAGUGAUUGCCGGAGUUUGAGACAAUCUGACGUAAAAAUCAAACUUGAGGAUGCUGGAGGCGUUGAAAGCAUGUGAAGAGGUUCUUUCGGAAAGCCUUACCAUUUUGCUGGGCCUCGAUUCGGCGGCGCCAAUGAAGAUGGAUGAGAUUCGCCAAUUUCAAGACUUACUACCGCAGCGACGAGUUUUCUCUAUCGAUCAGUUAGUUUAUUUGGUUUGUUUGGUCGACGCUUUAUCUUUUUUCAAGCAAAUUCAAGAUAUUAGUAAGAGAAAGUUUCAAAAAUUGUUUCGUCUUGUAGAAACGUUGUCCUGUUCAACGCGUUGACGAGAAGAAGGAGAGAAGUCAAGUGCAUCCACGUCGAUUCGAUCGAUGCCGUUGUAGAGUUGGCUGUCAAAGACCAGGUGUGAAGAGCAGAAAAAUGAGAAAUCAUAACUUUCUUUGGAAAAAAAAAUCAUACUAAGGAGAAUUUUCGAGUCUUUUUUCAGUUGGCUCAACAAGUAAAUCCAGUUUUCGAGACGGUGGACGAUCAACUCGUCUUGAAAGAGGGUGUUUAUGAAGUAGGGAUUUUCUGAAAUUCUUCUGAUUCCAUUUUCUUUCCAGUUGUGUUUCCAAUACUCUUUGGGUCCUCUGGCAGCUGCCAGCUACCGCAUUAUCAAGGCGAAUCAGACGUUAUUCGCCAGGAAGGCGGCUAUUUUUGCGAGUCGUACGAUAGCCACUAAGUUUGUCAAACCUCGUUCAAAUUAAAUUUUUUUUUCUUUUCCAGCGAAUUUGACUUUAAAACUCUUCCGAACGAUUUCGCCGUCGAGAACGAUCACAUCAAGGCAACCUUCGAUAAUGCAGGCUCAUUGAUGGUUUGUCGAAAUAGGACCCGUUUUUAAAUUUCAGUCCCUUUGAAUCUCCUCCAUUAAUAACACGUUCUUUUUUCUUUACAGACGGUCGUUCAAAAGGACUUUGGAGUUGAAGUUGGUGUCAAUGCCCAUUUUGUCUACUACGGCGCACGCGGAUUGCAAAAGUGUCAGUUUUAUAUUCGAUUCAUUUUGAAAGGCCAAAAAGAAAGACGUUACAAUAUUAUUCGAGUGUUUACGAAGAACGGAACGGAAGUCGGGAAACGGUCGGUCCCGUGUACAAAUUGUCAAAGUUCCUGGUGCCGAAUCUGUAGGGUGCGUAUCCAUACGGGCUGUCUGGAAUUAUGGUUUGAGUCGCUUCAAUCAAUUUUCCAUGAGAGCUUUUGGGAGAAGAAAAAGGCAGCACACUUGAAGCUAUGUUGUUUAAAUUUUCAGUCGAAAACUUGCAAAACACCUACUUUGGUAAAGAGGAUAGCCGUUGAUAGUUAUCGAUCUCGGUAGAAUAGUACCUUCUGCUAUACUUCUGCCCGCCGCCAAAUUGAUUGCACCUUGGUUGUAAGACCCUGAAGCGUUACUCUUAUGCUAUUUUCAACGCUAGUGAUAGAUGCUAGUGGAAAAAUGGAACCUCAGAUUAGUUUUAUUUUUUUAGUUAACAUAUACACAGAAUAGUAGAAAAUAUUGGGGUUUGUUUUCUAGACUCACCCAAAUUUGAGCCGACAGUUUCUCCGUUCAGAAACCGAGGAUACGACUCAUAGCCUGGUGAAGAGAACAAACGUGUUCCUUGGAAAAUUUUUAAUAUUAGCAAGUUUUUUAGUUUUCACCAACCAUAUGUUGGUUGAAUAUAAGAUGUAGCAUGUGCGAAUCCGAGCUUAGGCCUUCCAUAGUAGGGAACGGCAUUGAAUUCCAGCAACGUCGGCUCUGCAACUCUUCUUUUCUACUCUCCUCUCGAGAUAAAAUUACCGUUGUAAAUUGAAGGUCCGUAGGGCGAUCGACCAUAAAGAUCAGCUUCAAAUGGAGAUCAUUAUUGACCCAAAAAAAAACCAACCUCCUGUGACACGUAUAAUGGCGCAAGUCAGGAAUAUCAGUGUCGUCAUUUUUUUGUUUUAGUCUAGAUUAUGGAAAGGGAGUUACGCGACUUGAUGAGAUAUAGGUCACCUGUUAAUUCAAUAUAACCGGAUUCUUUCAGCAGGGUGUCUCUGAAUCGGCCGACAAUAACUGUUUGCAAUCAAUAGAUAUUUUCAUGUUACAAAACUUCAUCAAGGGAAUCGGGUCCCAACUUUUACACGGGUCUCUUUGCAGUCAGAAACGGUGGAACGGAUUAUCCCUCAGGCGCCUACUUGUUCUUGCCGGACGGAAAAGCGAGACGACUUGCAACUGAGGAUAAUUCGUUCAUCAUAGUAAGAUAAACUUUUCAAACUUGACCCUUUUGCUUUGUAAUCGUAGGUAAUCGAAGGGCCAGUCGUAAAACAAGUUGUUGUGGCAGGCAACAAAGAUCUGAAGAUUCAACAGACAUGGUCUUUGCAAGCUUUACAGAAUUUCCUUGACGUCGACACGGAGGUCGACUUGCGGUGAUACACAACUAACCCUCUCAAAAGAACCAUAGGGUUUUCUGUUUCAGCUCCAAACGAAACUUUGAACUGGCGUUGAGGUUCAAUACAACCGUCAAAAGCGGUCAAGAUUUUUUCACGGACCUCAACGGAUUACAGGUUAAAAACCUUUUUUCCGUGCCUCGCAGCGGCACCCAAAUCAAGAAGCUCUUCGAAAAUAAGAUGGAGUUUAGAUGAUUCGGCGGAAAAGACAGCAAAAACUGCCGCUGCAAGCCAAUUAUUAUCCGAUGCCAAGCAGUGCCUUCCUCGAGGAUGCCGACGUGAGGUUCAGCUUGUUUGGAUCACAAGCCUUGGGGGUAUCGAGUUUGGAAUCGGGUUCGUCAUGCACCCGCAUUGUUAUUGUUCUUUUUUUUUCCAAUUUUCAUAUUCCAGGACAACUCGAGGUUCUUCUGGACCGUAGAUUAUCAAGUGACGAUGGUCGCGGCUUGUUUCAGGUAAGCAAAAAAAUGCUUCCCAGGUAAAUGUGGGUUCAUUCUCACCAAAAAAAAAAUGAGCAAUUACCAUGCAGCAAUCAAAAUCAAUAGUAAGCUUUCAGGGCGUUCUCGACAACAAACGGACAGUUUCCCAUUUCCGGAUUCUUGUUGAACCCAUGAAAAAUGGAGGCUACGCUCAGGAUGUUCAUUUUGCAAUUUUGUAUCAGUUUAUCAGACGAACGCGUUUGCAGGAACGAGUCGGCUUCCAUUCGCAUGUCGGCAACUUCGUCUCGUCAUCUCUUUUGUACCCCGUGGUUGCGAUGGCGGCUACCGAUGGUUGCGUCUCAUUCACGCAAUCUCAGUCUUGAAUCUCAAUCAUUUUAGCGCCUUCGAAAAUGCUGCAGUCCACGUUGGUCGAGGAUAGCCUUCACUGCGACUUUCAUCUAGUCACUUUAAGGUGCUUUUAAAAAAUGUCUUUUUUUCUUGAAUAAACUGACGGGUCGGCCCUCGCAUAAGCUGCCUUUUUUGGCUUGAGUGAGAAUAGUCGCUCCACUUCUAUAACGUUCCAAUCGAAAAGUUUCAUUAAUGAGAAAGUCCGUCCGAUAUUUAGAUCACCCCAAUAUUCGAAAAAUGUCUUGUUUCAGAACUCUGUCAGACUCGACGAGCUACGCGUCACCCGAGCCCUCGACAAAGUCACGUCGUCAGGCAGCUAUGGUGGUUCAUCGCGUGAUUCCCGACUGUCGAUCCAAGCUUAAACUUGCCGACACAGAGUGCAUGGCGAAGCCCUUCAAAGUAUUAAACUUUUGUCUUGGAAAAUUUUUUAAGUCUUCUCAACUUUAAGUUUUUUUAGCGAUCAAAAAAAAAUGAAGAAAGAAGAUGUAGAUGAAAUUAUUUUUUCCCAAUAUUUCAAUUGCAAUUUUCAUCGCUGUUUUUUUUUUGCUAGCAAUACUCAGCACACCCCCCACUCAAAAAUUAUUACCUGAAAAAAAUUUUUCAAAUUUCGUUUUGCAGAUUGUUCCAUCGCAACUCAUCUCGCUGCUGAAAAAAACUAUCGACACGUCCCUAACUCUGUUGUACGAAAAAGAGGAAAUUGAGAGCUUUGAGCUCAAUCCGCAAGACGUGAAAACAGUGAAACUGGUGUGGUAG